GAACGUUUAAAGAAGUUUCUCGAACCUGGGCUCGCGGGAAAGCCCGUUCCAGUAACAACAAAGAGAAUAUUUUGGAGAGUUCACAGACAGCGAAAAAAAAUGGAAGCUGAAGCAGCAAUAGAGUUAGUGAAGCAUGGCGCUACCUUGCUACUUCUUGAUGUUCCUCAGAAUACCCUCAUCGGUAUUGAUACCCAGAUGUUUUUCUCUGGGCCUAAUUUCAAAGGUGUGAAGAUGAUUCCUCCUGGCGUCCAUUUCAUCUAUUACAGUUCAUCCAACAGAGAAGGGAAUGAGUUCUCACCAAUAGUUGGUUUUUUCGUUGAGGCGAGCCCUUCAGAGGUAAUUGUUAAGAAAUGGGAUUCAAAGGAUGAGCGAUUUGUCAAAUUAUCCGAAGAAGAGGGAGAGAGAUAUGCUCAAGCGGUGAAAAAAUUGGAGUUUGACAGACAACUUGGCCCUUAUGCAUUGGAUCAGUACGGAGAUUGGAAGCGCUUAUCUAACUUUAUUACGAAGAGUACCAUUGAAAGUAUUGAACCUAUUGGAGGAGAAAUCACAAUUAUUUCUGAAUCUGAAAUGGUUGGGAAUGUUCAUAAGACAGCCAUGGAGAAAGUCUUGGCUGAGCAGUUGAAAAAUAGCAAGUUCUCGAAGCCUGAUAAGAAGUCACCAAGUAACGGUUGUUAUUACACCUCAAUUCCUCGUGUUAUCAAGCUAAAGGGAGUUUCAGGACAAGAUCUUACUAACAUGAAUCUUGACAAGACACACAUAUUGGAGACCAUUCUGACGAAGCAAUAUGGUGGUUCAGAAGAUUCACUUCUGGGAGAACUACAAUUUGCCUUUGUAGCAUUUCUGAUGGGACAAUCACUUGAAGCUUUUCUGCAGUGGAAGCUUUUAGUCAGCCUAUUACUUGGAUGUACAGAAGCUCCUCUCCACACAAGGACUCAGCUAUUCACCAAGUUCAUCAAAGCAAUAUAUUAUCAGUUGAAAAUUGGAUUUCAAAAGGAUAGUAAGGAUACUAGCAGGGCAGAGAAGGGUGCAACAACAUCGUUGGACGAGUCCUUGUUGUCUGCUGAUAACUUCCUGCGCCACCUUUGUAAGGAUUUCUUCUCAUUGGUGCUUGAUGCCCCCAUGGUUGAUGGAGACCUCCUGACUUGGACUAGAAAACUGAGAGAACUGCUUGAGCGGACUCUUGGAUGGGACUUCCAGCCGAAUAGUUCAGUUGAUGGUAUGCAUCUUGAAGAAGAUGAUGAGUUUGCUCCAGUGGUGGAGAUUCUAGAUCUAGAUCACUGAACACUAGCAACAUGAAUAUGAGACAUGAUCCAAAUGUAAUCAGCUGUUUGUCAAUAGUGAUAUAUCAUGAUUUCAGAGAGCUGCUGUUGAAAGAUUCUGAUCUGAUAGGCUAGCACCUUCCACUUAUGUGACAGCUCAAUUAACAUGAAUGGUGCAUGCAUAUAUGAAGUCAAACGUUGCAUCAGAAAGUGGUGUUUUGCUGCUUUAUAGAAGUCCCUAUGCUACAUCAUAUCAAAGUAACUAUUAUGCUGAUCACUGAAGGACAUUACUUUCGCCUUGUGUAAACUUAUCAUUAGAGAAUCAUGUAACUAUUAAUCUUUAUACAACUAUGACAACUGGAAAGGGCAGCUACUCGUUUUUCACAUGUCCAAGAUGAGCAUGUAAUGAGUAUUAGAACUCUGUUCCGGGAAUUGCCUAAGCUGCUAAAUACCAUAACUCAUCUUUCAUGU